AUGCAAUCUGGGAUUUCAGCCUCUCAGGAGCUCCAAGCCGAGUUCAACUCGUUGCUCUCCUCGCCGUCGACCUUUGGCCUGAUUGUUGGCAUCGAAAAGGAGUCAUUGGUACCCCUUACGACUCUUCCAUCGCAGGGACCCUCAUUCCUUGAAAACCUUGGGAGCUUACAGAGCCAUCUGGAACCCAACGUUCCCCUCUACAUCCUACUUCGUCGAUACGAUGACAUCCCACGUCUGACAGCAAUAUCUUACGUUCCAGACACUGCGCACGUACGGCAGAAGAUGCUGUUUGCAUCUACAAGACUGGCACUUGUCCGGGAGCUGGGCUCCGAGCAUUUCAGAGAGACGAUAUUCGUAACGACUGCAGACGAACUUAGUGAAAGCGGGUUCAAGAAGCACGACGCGCACAGCCAACUUGCAGCUCCGCUGACCGAGGAAGAACGCACCCUGGGCGAGGUCAAGCGUGCCGAGCAGGAGGCGGGAUCCGGUACAGGAACGAGGGAAAUCCACUUGAGCAAGAGCUUUGCCAUGCCCGUAGCGGAGGACGCCGUGGCCGCUUUGAAGGAUCUGGGGCAGGACGACGGGCGCGUGGUGGCCAUGCUGAAAAUCAACCCCGAGAGCGAAUCCGUGGAGCUGCUCCCCGAAUCACCUCGGCCAGCGUCCAUUGCCGAGCUGGCCAAGGCGAUUUCCACGACGGAGCCCCGGUUCACGUUUUACAGAUUCAAACACACGCACAAUGGCGCGGAGCAGUCGCCAGUCCUCUUCUUCUACACGUGCCCACUGACGGCCGGCAACAAGUCCAUCAAGAAACGCAUGCUCUACCCGUUGAUGAAGCGAGCGGUGCUGGAAAUUGCGGGCAAGGAGGCCGGGUUGAGCCUGGAGAAGAAGUUUGAAGUCGAGGAGCCCAGCGAGAUCACGGAGCAGUCGGUGAUGGAAGAUUUGCACCCCAAGACUACGGCCAGGUCGGGGUUCAGCAGGCCCAAGCGGCCGGGUCGGUGA